GUUUCAUGGAUCUCACACUAGAGAGAGACAAAUAAUAUGCUGUUGACAUUUCCAUUCUAACCUUUAUUUUUGAUGCUUGACAUUUGCGGUUGUAGAUGUUUUUUUGGUAGAAGGUGUAUAUUGUUAAAGCAAAAAUAUAAGUCUCCUACAUAUUCAGCUCUAAAUAAAAUUUCAAAAUGUCAGACGAUGAAGAAGUCCAAUACGUUAAGAAAACCAAAACCAUUCACUAUGGAUCUUUGGAAGAAAGUGAGAAAAAUAGGCUUGAGGCUGAAGAGGAAAACAGUAACGAUUCAGAGACCCCAGCGGCCUCAGCAGGGCAAGUCCACGAGUCCACAGCAGAAUAUAUGGAACUUGAAGAUGCUAUGUCUAGAGACAAACAGGCUUUGCUUGAAGAAUUUGAACGUAGGCGCAAGGCUAGAUCGAUCAACGUCUCGACUGAUGACGCUGAAGUGAAAAGAAACCUGAGACAACUAGGAGAACCUAUUUGCUUAUUCGGAGAGGGUCCUGUUGAUAGAAGAAGUAGAUUAAGAGAUAUCCUGAGCAGAAUAGGUGAAGAUGCAGUCAUAAGACGAGAAGCAGAAGAAGAAAGAAAAUUAUUUGAAAAGGAUCAAGAAACUACCUGGUAUCAUGAAGGGCCAGAAUCUCUAAGAAUUGCCAGGCUAUCAAUAGCACAGUAUUCUUUGCCUAGAGCAAAAGCUAGGCUAGAAGAAGCUAGGAGAAUGCUGAACAUUCCUGCGGCUACCAAAACUGCAAAGUUGCAAGAGGUUCAAAAGAGGUUACAGGCCAUGUCCAUAUAUUCUAGUCAAAUUGGAGAUACAAGGCCAAUUUCUUUUUGCGAGUUUAGCCCUAACUCCAAACUUUUGGCUACUGCAUCAUGGAGUGGACUGUGUAAGGUUUGGUCAGUACCAGAUUGUGAGCUGGUUCAGACACUCAAAGGACAUACUUGUAAUGUUGGAGCUAUUGUUUUUCAUCCUAAAGCAACACUGGAUCAAGAAAAAACCAUUUGCAACAUGGCUUCCUGUGCAGCAGACGGUUCUGUCAAACUAUGGGACUUUACAAGUGAAGAACCAAUAGCUGAUAUUGAAGGACAUAUGCCUCACAGGGUUUCAAGGUUGGCUUUCCAUCCUUCAGGAAGAUUCCUGGGAACUUGUUGUUAUGAUAAUUCUUGGAGGUUGUGGGAUCUGGAACAAUGCACUGAAGUACUUCAUCAAGAGGGCCAUGUAAAACCUGUCCAUUGUAUUUCAUUCCAGAUUGAUGGUUCUGUCUGUGCCACUGGAGGUUUGGAUUCAUUUGGCAGAGUGUGGGACCUCAGGACGGGGCGCUGUAUCAUGUUCAUGGAAGGCCACCUAAAAUCCAUCCUAGGCAUUUGCUUCUCGCCGAACGGCUACCACAUCGCUACUGCUAGCGAAGACAACAGCUGCAAGAUUUGGGAUCUAAGAAAACGGUCCGUGCUCUACACCAUCCCAGCUCAUACCAACCUGAUCUCAGACGUGAAGUUCCAGAAAGAAAGCGGGAGUUACCUGGUAACUGCUUCGUAUGACAACACUGUGAAACUAUGGACGAAUAGGACGUGGCAGCCUUUGAAAACCUUGUCAGGGCAUGAUGGAAAAAUUAUGUCAGCGGAUAUCUCGCCUGAUGAUCAGUAUAUUGCUACCAGUUCGUAUGAUAGGACAUUCAAAAUAUGGGCUCCUGAAAAUACAUACUUGCUGUGUCUAAGUUGAGUCUUUCCAUAUGCUUGUCUAUCCAUGUGCGAAAUUUGGCAACAUUGGCGUAUACUCCAGGUACUCCAUGUUGUCCGCAGUCGAUGCCCCAGGCCACAAUUCCAGCUUGGAUGUAGCGUUCUGGACGUAGAGGAUCUGGACAGGCUAGAGGACUACCACCAUCACCAGUACAUGCAUCUCUUCCGUUCUCCCCACCAGCGCACAUGAAGCUCUUGUCAAGUUUGAAGAAUCGCCCCAACCGAGUCUUCCUUAAGCUUGCCUGGCACUGUUGGAACUCUA